AUUUAGAGCAGUAUAUAUAAAUAUCACUUAUCUUUCUUUCUGUAUUUAGGGUUUUGUGGUCUCACCUGUUUACCCCCAUAAAUGGCAAAAACUUGUCGCUUUUCUCUCUCUCUCUCUCUCUACUCUCUCUCUCUCUCAUAACCUGGAUUUUGUCAUGACAAGUAAGAGAAAAAUUAUAUAUUGUUAAAUUGUAUUGAAUCAUUUGAUUGUGUGCUGGUUUAUGAAUUCCUGGGGUUCUUGAUUAUAUAUAUUUAGAGAGAGAGAGAGAGAGCAUUAAAUAAAAUAUUAAAAAAGUAAAAAGAAGAAAAAAUGGCAAGGGAGAAAAUAAAGAUAAAGAAAAUAGAGAACGUGACAGCAAGGCAAGUGACAUUCUCAAAGAGAAGAAGAGGGCUUUUUAAGAAGGCUGAAGAACUCUCUAUUCUCUGCGAUGCCGAUGUUGGUCUCAUUAUCUUCUCUUCCACCGGAAAACUCUUCGAAUACUCCAGCACCAGUAUGAAGGACAUAGUUGAAAGGCAUAACUUGCACUCGAAGAACCUUAAUAGGUUGGAGCAGCCAUCGCUCGAGCUGCAGCUAGUCGAGGACAGCACUAUCUCCUGGCUUAACAAAGAAGUGGCUGAAAGAAGCCAACAACUUAGACGCAUGAGAGGAGAGGAACUUGAUGGAUUAGGUAUUGAAGAGUUGCAUCGUCUCGAAAAAUCGCUUGAACUUGGAUUGAACCGUGUUAUGGAGAAAAAGGGGGAGAAAAUCAUGAAUGAGAUCAAUCAGCUUCAAGAAAAGGGAAGGCAACUCAUGGAAGAGAACAGACUAUUAAGACAGCAGGUGGCGGAUAUAGAAAAUAACGGGGUCGGCAAGAAAACGGUAACGACAGAAUCGGAGAAGAUGGUGUACGACGAGGAAGGGCAGUCGUCGGAAUCUGUAGCGAAUGUGUGCAACUCAGCUGGUGAACAUCCACAAGAUUAUUAUGAUUGCUCUGAUACUUCUCUUAAGCUUGGGCUGACGCCUUACAGUGGAUGAAUGCAUGUGUGCAAUGAAAUUUGGUGUCCAAUUUCAUGGAAUAAUUGAGUAUUAAUUAAGUUGAGAAAGCUAAUUCCAAAGACUGAAUUAAUUAUUGGAAAAAUAACAUUUUCCUAUGUAUCUAUAUCCUAUCUGUAUUUAUUUUAUUAGAUAUUAU